GGCACCAGUGCAACAUAUAAGCGCUCUCCCUCGCAGAUAUAUACAGUCGUGGCUAUGGACCUGUACCCACUAGAGCCCACCUAAAUUCCAUAUCUCUUCCAGAACAGAUGGCCACCUGUCUGUGAUGGCGCCGAUUCAAAAUCCCACCGGAUCCUCUACCAAUCAAUCAGCCGCUGAUUUCGAGCCUGACGAACAAUGGAAGAGUCAACUCAAAGUUGACAUCGAGAGCAACUUGCGUUCCAUGGUCGAUGAAGCCAAACAGAACCUACAUGAUACCCUGAAGAAAGCCCCAGUCAGCAUUGUCGAGCGCAAACGCUUGACCGAGGAACACCUCACUACCAUGAAGAAUAUCUGUAAUCUUGCUGAGGGGCAAUUCCGUAUCUCCCUAGAACGUGAACGCCAAGUACGCCGUUGGGCCGCCGGUCAGGUCUUAGAUCAGGAAUGGUCGGACACCAUGCGAAAGGAGCAACAAGCUAUCCUAGACAAUAUUGAAAGAAAUCACAAAGACAAAGCUACUCAUUCUUCUCAGCCUAUCGCAGAUCCUUCGAUAUCCCGUUCUAACCGUCCUCCAGAACGUGUUUGGACCGAGCACGAGCACGAGGCAGGUUACUUCCCUCGUUUAUCUAGCCGAGAAUUUGAGGAAGACCAUGUGCCACCACCUCGCAAUACUGGCAAGGCUCGUGCCGGGUCUGUCAGUAGUGCAGUGGGUUCAUACAAGCUACCGUCCACGUUGGAUACAACAGACGGAGGUUUUGAGCGCCCAAAACCUUCGCCUACCAUUGACGAACUAGACGACAUACCUAGAUCUGCUCAUUCAGCUACGGAUGUUCAGGACAGCAUCCGAUGCGGAAGCCCAUGCCACAAAGCUAGCAUUUCUACUGGACAACCCCCAGAAAUCUGGCGCCCUUCUAUCACGCCUGAACAAGACGCUCAGAUGUCUCGUACUUUCAGUAUCGCGCGUCGUGGGAGUACGGCAAGCGCUACCUCUUCUUAUUGGGCACCGUCAGUGCUCAACAUUCCGUUUUCUUACGAACCGCAUGACAGUGCGAUGGAGAGAGAGAGGGAGCGUAUUUCGGCUAUGAAACAGGAGUGGAGCUCCAUGGAUAGAAUGAGACAAAGAGAGAGAACGAUGUCGUACACUUAUGCUGAAGCUCGAGCUAGCGUCACAGCCACUCCUCAGUGGCUAGACGAACGUUAUGCACCGCCCUCAUCCUCAGUCGCACCCAUCAUCAGCUCCGCAAUCCCACACACUCGCCCCGUAGAAAGCUCAAGCUCCACAGCCCCCAUCGCAUACACUCGCCCCGCACACAGCCAAAGCUCCACAGCCCCCAUCCGCUAUACCCGCUCCUCAGACAGUUCUCGCCCACACGCACCCCCACCAUCAGCCAGCAGACCCAUCGUCACCAAUAAAUCGUUCACGUUUGAUGGUGGUGAUUUUCAGGCUAGCCCGAGUUCCAAAAGCUGGACUGGUCCCUCGCGCUCUCCACAGGCACCAGAAGAAAUUCCACAGAAUUGGUGGUCUUCUAACUUGUGCGCAGGGCCGUCGUCGCAAGACAUGCGCUAUGGGUAUAAUGUGGGCGAGACUGGGUACUAUGCUGCUCGGCCUGUUCAUACGCAUCAUGAGGUGUCGGAGGGGGAGCAUGAUGUGGACCUCGAUGAUACUGAGGGCGAGUAUGAUGAGGUGUCAGAGGGGGAGUAUGAUGAAGUGUCGGAGGGGGAGUAUGAUAUGGACCUCGAUGAUGCGGAGUCGCAGGAGUAUGAUGAGCGCCAGAUGCCUCAGAGAGAGGCAAGCGUGAGUUUGAGGAGCAAGGGGGUUGCUCAGCCUGAGCAGGAAUCGAGGAGGGAAAAGAAUGCGAGACGGGAGGCUAAGCUAAAGGAGGAGCUCACAUCAGACGACAAGCAGAAGGAUGGAUUUCGGAAGCACAAAGAUAAGAAGAAACAAGAAAAGUUCGAAUGGGAGUCCUGGAAUUGUAAUCCACCGGGGACUAGUCGACCCACGCCACCUCCCCAGAUGGCUACUUCUCAAUCUCAAUCUUCUUCGUCUUCUACAGGUCCUUGGCCAAUCACCAAUCGUAGUGACCAUAGCAUGCCUGAACCAAGUCGGCCCACAGAUAGGAGUAGCUUUGGAUCGACCAGCACUAGCCGUAUCAGUGCUGCCUGGACAUCCUCGACUCGGCCAAACUUGACAGCUAGCUCGUACCCACCGAGCACACCUAAGCCACCAACACUAUCAGCCCAGCAAAAUGCCAAAACGAUACUCGGUCCCCCACCUACCUUCUUUUCAGAAGCGGAGUUCCACCGUCGUCAGGCUGAACAAGCUCAACAGCGUGAGGAACAAUUCCGUCGCGAACAAACCAAGUUAGAGCAGGAAAGACUCUCGAAGGCUGUCAAGGUCAAACAGGUCAAGCAGGACGCUAGUGCUAUCGAGCUCUUUGAGCGCCAUCGUGGUCAGUGGGAUAAAUUGCAGAUGUCCCGCAUGUUGAUAUGGGACAAUUUUCCAUGGCCUGUGUUCAAACGCUCCAGCGGCCCCGAUGAUAUCACAACUCCUGGCAUCAUUGCCUACAUGUUGUCGUCUCUGCAUCCUAUCGACAAGUCUCCAAGACACCGUGUAAAGGAGAACAUCAAACGGUGGCAUCACGAUCGAUUUGAGAUCUGGCUUCUACCGAAAGUCAAGGAGAGCGAUAGAGACAGUGUGCGAGAAGCUGCGAGUACUGUGGCCAGGACGUUGUACCAUCUUCUACGCUCCGGUACACAAGAUCCCGAUGUCUCAACCGCUAGCUCACGCAUCAUUGUACUCGAAGCACCGAUAUUAUUGGCACAGCAGAACACCAAUGUGUCAUCCCACCUCACAUACACCCCCAUUCCAACUACACAGAUUUCCACUUCACCUUCACCGGAAGCAACAGCAAUAGUGGAAGAAGCUAGCCAAGAGUUGCCCGAUUCUGUGUCAGAUUCACUGGAAGAUCUUACCAAUGAGCUCCAGGGGAAGUCGUCUUUCCCGGCCGCUUCCGGAGGUUUUGGGGACAUCUGGAAGUGUAUUUUGGUCAAAGCUAAUGAAAACGUCGACUAAAGACCAUCCGUGCUUUUGAGAUGGAUAACGAGGAGUCGAGGCAGAAGAAAGCGAGGAGAGUGCGCCGCGAGCUGAAAGUUUGGGGCCGUCUCAAA